UUAUUCCCCCUUUUUAAUUCAUUUUAACCGCAAGGGCAAACUGUCGCUCCCAGGAAUUGCGUUAUGGCUGAGGUUUUCCAACAGAAUGAAUAACCCUUUACAACGUUUCUUUAAAUUAAACCAAUUCAAAAUUCUUUUUUGGGGGGCACUGCCUUGUUUAGCCCAAGUGCGUCUUCGAUGCUGGGGAGCGAGGGCCCGGCCGGGACCCUGGCUGCUAGCCCCGAAAGGCAGGCCUGGGCGGUGGGUCUGGCUCCUCGGGCCUCAUCCUCUGCUCCAAUUGCUGGCCAAGAAGCCAUUCGACGUCGGCGAGCACCUCCUCUUCGUCUUCCUCGCCUGGUGCUUCUUCCUCAUCCUCUUCUUCUUCUUCCUCUUCUUCUUCCAGGGCCCAGUCUCCAUCCCCAGAUUCCUCCUCCAGGUCCUCGCUCUCGGUCUGAGUCCCGACUGUCACCAUCGACUUCCGUCCCUUCUUCGAAAACACAUCCAGGACCAGGAGCGCGGCAGUCGUGACCUGGCUCCCGAACCAGACCGAGAGCAGAAGGUAGAAUUCUCCCCAGCUGCGCUCCCUCUAUCGCGGGAGCCCUCCCUUGACCUCCAGCAACGAAAAGAGGAUGGAAACGGAAACCGCUGCAGAAAGAAGGAGGAGCCUUUGUCUUGCCAUGGUCACCUGACUCGCUGUUGACGCUUAGACCUCCGCAGCAAAAUGGCGGAGGCUGUGUUUUGAAGGCCUCGCCGUUGUUGCCCAGGCAACACAGCCUUAUUAUGCGCAGGCACAUUCCGGCAAAUGGCUCAGCACAUGCGUAUUCUGAGAGGGUGGGAGGGGCAAGAGGAGGGGAGCUGCGCAUGCACAUAAAGAAGCACGGUCCUACAUUGUCCUCUCAACCCAUCUGUGGCCUUCCGGGUCUUUUGGACUGCAGCUCCCAGUAUUCCUGACUGUUGGGGCUUCGGGGACACGAGUCGACAGUGUGACGCAGCAGCUAAAAAGGCCGAUGUGAUUCUAGGCUGGAUGUAUGUCUAACGUCUAGAGCAAGUGAAGUAAUAACACCACUCCGUUCUGCUUUGGUCAGGCCUCCUCCUUUGCCGCUGCUUUCCCCAAACAGAGUUGUCUAGGAAGUAGCAAAGUCCAAGGAAAAUAAAACCUGGUCAUAAGUAGGGGCUGUCCUUGAUCUUCAGGCCAGGCGUGGCAAGAACCUUCCCUCUGCAGAUUAAAUCCUUCCAUCCUUCCUUUAGGAACAGACAGAGACUCACCUAAGGCAGAGAAAGCGUCGCAAAGGACCCGCCAGUUCUGAAGAAAGUGCCAUCGUUGGUGAGUCCAGCAUCUUGCUUCUCUUCAUUGGCCAUGAUGGGCAAGGAUAGAAGAUUUCUCAAAUAACAGACUUUGCUUUACAAGACAAUCCCCCCCCCCCCCAUUCUCCCCUGCAAAAUAAUAUUCCGUUGUUUGGAACUGUUUUCUGUUGGACCAGCGCAAACGCAAGUGUCCGUUCCAGCUAUAGCAACUCCCCGGUUUCAUGGAGUAUUGCCAAUUUUGGGUGAUUUGAUGGGCAACAUUUUCCCAAUUGUAGACUAGCAGAAGCAUCCCUUGGCUAGUCCUCUUGUUUUUGCAAAGAUGGAAGAGAGUGGACUGUGGGAACUUGGUUGGAACAACCACACCAUCCCUGAUCCCCGGCUCUGGAACCGGUCCUCACAAGAAGGCUUUGGCUUUGCUGGAGAUGGUGACCCCUUCGUCCCUUCAGAUGUUUCUUUUGGCUUGAGGAUGGUCAUCACAGUGGUCUACUUGCUGGUCUGCGCAAUGGGGCUGUUGGGAAACGGUCUGGUGAUGUACCUGAUCCGGACCCACAAGAUCCGACCCACGCCGGCCAUCAAUGUUUUUGUCUUUGGUCUAGCGGCGGCCGACUUCCAGUUCUCCUUGACCCUUCCCUUCUGGGCGACAGAGACGGCGUUGGAUUUCAGCUGGACGUUUGGGCCAGCCAUGUGUAAGGUCAUCCCCUCCCUGACCGUCCUGUGCGUCUACGCCAACGUCUUCUUGCUCACCGUCAUGAGCGUCACGCGCUACUGGUCCGUGGCUUCGGCCAUCAAGGACAGCUCGAGGAUGACCGCUCGGGGGGCCACGUGGAUCACUUUGGCCCUUUGGGUCCUAGCCGUGGGAGCCGCCGUACCUACCGCCAUCUAUACAACCGUGGUGGAUGUUGCUGGUGUGGAGUUGUGCCUUUUCAAGUUCCCCACGCCGUCUCUCUUGGGCGUCUACCAGCUCCAGAGGGUGGUCUUCACCUUUGUGGUCCCGUUGGCCAUCAUCUUGACCUCCUACCUCCUCCUCCUCCGCUUCCUCAGG